GGAAGAAGAAGAAGGGGGAGGGUACCACUUUGUCACAGGCUGCUAUGUAGAUUAACCUUUCAAUUAGUUGUUAUCAGGUCCUCUCCAUGUCUCGGCGAGAGCUUUCCAACCUUCGCUUUUAACACGUCAAAAGAAAAAAGAAAAAAAUCCCAGGAAAUCGCUCGGAUACGUCGCUUCGCAUUUUACCCCGUUCGACGCGAUAAAGAAGAGGAGUACCCGAGAGAAGGGGGGAAAACUUGAAGAGAUUUGAUCCCGGAUUUUAUUAAAGACCUAUUCCAGGUCAUGUGACACCAUACCAGUGUGGGAUUUACUCGUGCCAACUUUUCCUCAAGCUCAUCUUGGAUUGAGAACACAUUCGUGGAUGCAGUUGUGGAACCUAACUUCCUGAUCUUUACCAUAAGGAUGUGGAUGUACCUCGCGUUCGGCUGCAGAACGAGGGAAUAUUUAUGGAUCACGUUUCUGUGAGGCAUAUUGUUCAACCAUGGUAAAACUUGCAAACCCUCUCUACACAGAGUGGAUUCUCGAAGCAAUACAGAAAAUUAAGAGGCAAAAGCAGAGGCCUUCUGAGGAGCGAAUUUGUCAUGCAGUGUCCACAUUGCAUGGACUGGACAAGAAGAUCGUCCUCGAGCAGUUGGAUUUAAGUGUUCAUGAUGGCUCUGUCCUUAAGGUUACAAAUAAAGGAAGCACCUCCUAUAAGGACCCAGGAAACCCUGGAAGAAUCGGAUCAAUAUUGCCUGCAAACGCACCUUUGCCGCCAGUGGAAUCUAUAUGGAAUUCAAGCGAUCUGCGGCAUAUCGAUUGGAAUAAAAUACUCAAGAGGGCCAUUGAGGGUCUGGAUGAUACCCAUGGCUCCUCGCUUAAGAACAUCGAGCGGUAUCUGAGGAAUCAGGAUGACCUAUCAGAAGUUGUUGACAACCCCGCCUUCCGGCAGAGGUUGCGGCUGGCGGCUAAGCGGUCAGUCAAAAAUGGCAGGUUGUUAAAAAAUGGCCCCCGGUAUAAACUCAGCCAUGGUGGUGUGGAGGGGAGGAACCCCAGGUGUCCAAGUGCUUCCCCAUUGGUCCUGUCAUCAGUGACGCUCCUCCCUCAUGAGCGUGAGCAGCCAGCUGAUUGGCAGAGGGAAUCAUCAAGAGGGGAAAAGGGAUCCGGCUUUAAUCUGAGUCAGCUACGAGUUGACCCCAUCCCAAUAUGCAGUUUCUGUCUCGGGACAAAAGAGUCAAAUCGAGACAAGCGACCGGAAGAGCUGCUGUCCUGCGCGGACUGUGGAAGCAGUGGGCAUCCAUCAUGUCUGAAGUUCUCUCCUGAGCUCACCUCAAAUGUAAAGAGAUUAAGAUGGCAGUGCAUUGAAUGCAAAACCUGCAGCUCCUGUCGAAUACAGGGGAAAAAUGCUGAUGAGAUGCUUUUCUGCGAUUCGUGCGAUCGGGGCUUUCACAUGGAAUGCUGCGAUCCGCCGCUUUCAAGAAUGCCAAAAGGAACCUGGAUCUGCCAAGUGUGCAGGCCAAAGGAGAACGGCAAAAAGCUGCUGCACAGGAAGGCAGACGAGAUCAAGCGUCGAUAUGCAAAGCCGAUCGGACGGCCAAGAAAUAAGCUCAAACAAAGAAUGUCUGUAACCGGUGGUGAUGGCUCCAUGGUAGCACUUGGAGGAAGGGGGUCACCUGGUAGGGGUCAAAAGAUUACCGUCUGUUCCACACCUUCAUCUGGUCAUGCUGCAUCUGUGAAGGACGCCAGAGACAGAUUGACUGUCGCAGAGCCUUGUUGUGCGGUCAACGCCACCCAAUUCACCCCCUCCCCUCCCACCACCACUCCCUCCCUCACGCCCACCUUCACUCCAGCCACACUCACUGUUAACAAGAAAACCAAAGGGCUUAUUGAUGGGCUUUCCAAAUUCUUUACUCCUUCCCCUGUGGGCCGUCGCUCGCGAGCCGUAGCCGUAGAGUCGAGCGCUAGAGACCAGGGCGUGGCCAAAGUGUCCCAGUCACCAGAAUCGUUCGCCUUUGCCGCAGACGCCUCUCAUAAGAUAACCCCGACAUCGUCUGCACUUCCUGCCGCUUCCAUGUCACCAGGACUUAGCUCCCCCCCGCAGGUGUCCAGCAGCUCCACCUCAGCCAACUCACCUCAGAGCUCUUCCAGCCAGUCUAGUGUCCCUUCGCUGAGUAGUCUCUGCAGUAGCAGCCAACUUAAGGGACUCUUUGAUGGACUCUCUCACAUUUACACGACUCAGGGCCAGUCGCGGAAAAAGAGACUACCGUGCUACGCACCACCGAAGCGCAGGCCCCUUAAGCAGGACUUGUCCCAGUGCCUUGGAAAGAACGAGAUUAUCAAAAAUAGGUUACAGCCCACAUCUUUGGGGGCUGACCGACCCAGAGGACCCCCAUUUAAGAUGGUCAGUCAUUUCAAAUGCAACCCUUUCCUUAAAAAUCACAGGACACUAGGCAGGCUGAAGUAUAGAGUGAGAGCUCAGAAGGGAGCCACCUCACCAGGAAAGGGAGACUUGACAGAUGGAAGAAUUAAGCCUGAGAAUAACCAUGGCCAUCUCGGCAAGCUGCGUGUGAAGCAGGAAGCCCAAGAGGACUCGGCGGCUAUGUGCAGAGAUCACGUCUUGGAGGAGGACAUAGAGAUGUUCGCUCGAGUCCAGGAGCUUGCUGCUCAGAAAACAGGCUUUUUGACCAACAGCGACUUUACGCGGCGCCCAGCUGUCAUCGAGUUCGGGAAGUACGAGAUCCAGACCUGGUACUCCUCACCGUACCCACCUGAAUAUUCAAGAUUACAAAAGCUUUAUCUGUGUGAGUUCUGCCUCAAGUACAUGAGAAGCAAAAACAUUCUCCUGAGACACACAAAGAAGUGCGGCUGGUUUCACCCUCCUGCCAACGAAAUCUACAGAAAGGACAACCUCUCCGUGUUUGAGGUUGAUGGAAAUGUCAGCAAACUCUUCUGCCAAAACCUCUGCCUGUUAGCCAAGCUUUUCCUGGAUCACAAGACCUUGUAUUAUGAUGUGGAGCCUUUCCUCUUCUACAUACUUACGAAGAAUGAUGAGAAAGGCUGUCAUCUUGUGGGCUAUUUCUCCAAGGAAAAGCUUUGCCAGCAGAAGUACAAUGUCUCCUGCAUAAUGAUUAUGCCUCAGUACCAAAGGCAAGGAUUUGGAAGGUUCCUUAUUGAUUUCAGUUACCUCCUCACCAGACAAGAAGGACAGGCUGGCUCCCCAGAGAAGCCUCUGUCAGAACUGGGUCGCUUAUCCUACCUGGCAUAUUGGAAAAGUGUCAUACUGGAGCACCUUUAUAAGCACCCAGAUAAACACAUCAGCGUUAAAGGAAUCAGCAGGGCCACUGGGAUGUGUCCACAUGACAUCGCCGCCACUCUCCAGCAGCUUGGCAUGAUUGACAGACGGGACGGCAGGACUGUGUUGGUCAGAAGAGAAAAGCUGAUUCAGAGGCACAUGGAGAGGCUGAGGGUUAACCCGCGGAAGAAUGAGGUGGACCCAGAUGCCUUGCGCUGGACUCCUUCUAUGACUCUUAAUGCUGUCCUGUCUGAGGAGGAGAGAGAGGCAGAGAUGGAUGCCGAGCGGUUGAAGGAGCAGGCCAGCUGCUGGGAGAAGGAGGAGAGGGAGGGCUACAUGAUGACUCAUGGAAGCAGGCAACCUCUUACCAAGGUCCACUGCAAGAUUCCCUACAGGACCUAUGAGCGCCGGCCAGCUCCCCCCUGGACAAGACGCGUCCAGCGACUGGAGGUUGCGAGCGACACCGAUGACGACUCUGAUAGCUCACCGCCUAUCCUGACAAAAGCUCACUCAAUGCUCACAGCCAAGAGAAAGAGCACAUCCGUUCUCAAGAAGCGAGGGCGUAAAAGGAAGCGGAUCAACAGCAGCGUUACUACAGAAACAAUCUCUGAGACAACAGAGGUUCUAAACGAACCAUUCGACAACUCAGAAGAUGAGCGGCCAAUGCCACGACUGGAGCACACCUCCAGGAUGAGAGAGCUGGAGGAAGAGGACGACUAUGAUGAUGAGACGCAAACGUACAAGAUGUCAGCUUUACCAAUAAAACGGCGGAGAGGUCGUCCAAAGCUUGAAAAAAAUGCACACAGAGACAAUCUUGAGAGCUGGAAUGAAGGAGCUGAACUUGUCUCAAAGAGACCCUGCAGACCUCGUCCAGUUAAACGGAAGAAAGGCUGGCCCAAGGGGGUUAAACGUGGUCCUCCUAAAUGGAGGCACAAAAAAGAACGCAAGAUGGGCUAUAAGCUGAACCUCUACACGCCGCCUGAAACCCCUAUGGAGGCAGAGCAGCACCACAUUCGCACCGAGGAAACAAAGCACACACUGGACCAGGAGCCGUUCAGCGGAGAUGAGGAAACAAAAGCAGGACGAUCUCUGGACAGUCCAGCUUUACUGCCAGAAGGGCUCCACUCGGAGCCCCCGAGUCCUGCUGAUCAUGGCUCCCAGACUUCCAGCUCGCCUGAAGGAUCACCUAUGGCUUCGCCAGUGUGUUCACCUGCUAUUUCUGUUGAGGCUCCCUCCCCACAGCCUUUGGAAAGGACUGACUCACCGGAACCGGCAGGAGAUGAGAAGCUGGAGAGUGGGCGUCAGCCGGGCUCUCCUGGCAAAGCUAUGGAGGACGGUUCUGAGAAGGCUGCAUCAGCAGAGAACAAUACUGAGGAAAAGUAUGGAGAGGAGCAGAGAGCUUGGAUAGAGGAUGAGGAUGCUGAUGAUGAAGAUAAAAUUCGCAGCAAGAAGGCGGUGCAGAGUGGCGCGGAAGAGUCAGAGCAGAGUUCGAAAGACACACCUAAUGUCCCCCAGACUUUUUUAGAUCCAAAAGAAGAUGAUAGCUGUGAACUGAGUCAGCAGGUUUCUAAAGAGUCAUGCGUUGAAGAAGUACCGGUUGGUGCCACGGAAAAGCUGCAGGAUGCAAUAACAGAGACGGCCGUAGAAACACGGCCUCCUGAAGCAGCAGCAGUUGCUUCCAUAGCACCUCCAGACUCUGAUAAUCCAGCAGACUCGGAGUCUGAGGAAGAAGGCAUGCCCAGUCCUGCUUCAAACCAUCCACCCCUCCCACCCGCAGGAAGGUCCACGCUGAGCCCCGUGCUGAGAGAGGAUCCCCCUGUCUGCACAGAGUUUGACUCAGAGACCGUCCAAGCUGUUCAGUCUCUGACGCAGGAAAGCGAGGGAGAGACGGUGUUCCAGGACUGCGCUGAGAGCCAGGAGCCCUGCAGGAAUCUGCAGACGUACGCCCAUGUGGCCAAGAGCCCUCAACUCACUUCCCUGGACGACUGCCCUCAGUCAGACCACAGCAGCCCCCUGUCCUCGGCUCAGUCCCAUCCCAGCCAGUCAGUACGCUCCGUCAACAGUCCAGCCGUCUCGAUCCUGGAAAGCGGCUAUACUCAAAUAAGCCCUGACCACAGCGCCAUAUCGGUGCCCUCACUCCACAACAUGGAGACCAGCCCAAUGAUGGACGUACCGUCUGUGUCAGAUCACUCCCAGCAGGUCGUGGACAGCGGAUUCAGUGACCUCGGUAGCAUCGAAAGCACCACGGAGAACUACGAAAAUCCCAGCAGCUACGACUCCACCAUGGGGGGAAGCAUUUGUGGUGCCGGCCCCACCCAGAACAGCUGCUCGUAUGGCACUAUCCCCCCCAGCGGCCUGCCCCAGAGCAGCUGCGCCGUGAGCCAGCAAAUGGCCGCCGUUAACCCCAACGGCUGCGGAAUGAUUCAGCAGAACAGCCUGAGCUCGCCGCCGCACUGCGGUGUCAAGUCGCCGCAGGGCUGCGUGGUGGUAGAGAGGCCUCCCAGCAACUCCCAGCACUCCCAGCACAGCCAACACACCCAGCGCAGCCAACACAGUCAACACAGCUCUCACAGCAGGCACGGCCCGCCACACAAUCAACACAGCCAACACAAUCAGCACGCCCCUCACAAUCAGCUCAGUCAACACAACCAGCACAGCCACCAUCACAAUCACCGCCUGCAACACAAUCAGAUCAGCCAGCACAAUCAGCACGCUCAGCACGGCCUGCACAGCCAGCAGCAGCAGCAGCAGCCGCCCAUGGCCCCGUGCUCCAUCCCCCCUAACUUCACCACCACCAUGCAGCUGGCAGACAUCCCCGAGUCUGGCAACCCCAACUUCGCCCUCUAUGAGAGAAUCAACCCUCAGGGGGAGUAUGGCGGCGGACAUUAUUCCCAGUCCUCUGGCCUCAGCCUGGCCAAGCUGCAGCAGUUCACCAACACCUUCAUCGACCACCCUCAUUCCCUCCCCUUCAACCACGCAGCCUCACACCCCAUCACCUCGUAUGCAAACAAUCCGUCGCUAUCAUCACAGCACUCCAGCUUGGUCUCCUUACCCCAGACCCCUCACAGAGUCCCCAACCCACAGGUGCAGGCCACCAUGACUCCUCCCCCAAACCUGAGCUCCCCAUCCUCCAUGAUGCUGCAGCCCAACAUGGGUAUCUCCCGUUCACAGCGCGUGCACCAGAUGACGUCAAAGAACCACAUCUCGGCCCGCUCCAAGUCGGCGCCGCUCUCCCACAACCACCAGCAUCAGAUGUAUACCCGUACGCCGCAGGCCGUUGCCAUGCAGGCGCCGCCCAGGACGCUGGCGGCCAUGCCGCGUAUGAACAUGAGCAUGAACAUCAUGCCCGCGCCGGGUUACAAUGUCAACUCAAUGAACAUGCCCUCCCUCAACGCCAUGAACGGCUACAGCAUGAGCCAGCCCAUGAUGAACAGCAGCUACCAUGGCAACCACGCCUAUAUGAACCAGUCACCCCAGUACUCUAUGCAGAUGGGCAUGAUGGGAACGCAGCCAUACCCCCAGCAGUCCAUGCAGGCUCCGCCACAUGGCAACAUGGUGUACCCUCCAGCUGGUCACCAUAGUUACAUGAACACGGGCAUGUCCAAGCAGUCCCUGAAAGGUCCUCCCUUAAUCAGGCGGUAACUCUCCACAGGACAGAGCUGCUUCUCCUCCUCCCGUGCAUUUGGCUGUUUUUAAAAAAAAAUGCACUGAUCAGGCCUUGCUUUUUGUUUUUGUUUUUGGUGUCCCUUUUUUUAUGUUUGUUACUUAAAAAAAAAUAAAAUAAAAAUAAACCAGCAGCAGCACUUGUAAAGAAUGCAAAAACUUUCAUCCGUGAGGUAACUUUUAAAGCUAACGUUUAAAAAGUAUUUUUUGUUCCUCCAGAUGGGAAGCCUUACAUCAUUAAGAUGAAAAUCUAUUUAAUUAGUGUUAGCGUGUCUGAUGUGUCUUUAGACCAGGCGGGUUGGGAGCUCAGUUGUAGAAGUUUCAUCAGUGUAGCAGCCUCAAAUGAAGCCAUUUAAUGCGCCUGCUGCGAGUGGAAAUAGUGGCUGUUCAGUGUACCUGUCUAACAGUGCUGACAAUUAGUUUGUACUAUACUCAUGCCUUUGUAUAUUUAAAUUAUUGUACUUAUUUUGUAAAGUGAUAAAAAGCAUGCUUCGGUCUCUGUUAGUGACAGUGCAUUGAGUAGUACUGUACAAGUGUUGUGCUUAAUAGCAAGCCAUUUAAAAAAAUAUAUGGCCUUUAUUAGGUUUCCCUUCACGGGGAGAAAGAUGAAACUAUAUUUUAUUAAAUCUAAUAAUGUAAAAAAAAUGUAAACUUAGUCUUGUUUUUCUGUUUGGUUUGAGAGGUUUUAUUGCGAUGUAUGUAUAAUUCUGAAGCCUUUUUGUAACAGAUCUCCUCCAGGCAGCUUUCUGUUUAAUAAAACAGACUGAUUUCUGUCAAAAAAUAAAGCAUAUCUCCGUGUUUGUACCCUUAAAAAGAAAAACAAAAACAUUUCAAAGUGUCCCGAAGUGUGGCAGAAUUUUAAAAGAACUAAAUGAUUAUAAGGAUGAAAUAACAAUACAGAUAUAAAUCUAGUCCAAAGUCGAUAUUUUACAUAAUGCCUUUAAAGCUACGUUUUCAUUCCA